GUUUGUUUCGUCGCUUUGACAGUGACAGCUAUGACCAUGUCAUGUCAGUGAGACACGACAAUUUUUAGACGUAUGUGCGUAAGCACUAAGAAUUGAUUUCAUCAGAAUUUAUUACAUAUUUCUUUACCUUUCGGAUCUUAAUCGAUUAGAAUGUAUGAAUUUUGAAAAUAAGGUGGUUUUUGGUUUUGUAGUCAAGUGUAGAUAAGUGGUUGACUUAUGUGCCACUCACCAAAAACAGCAACAAGAGUAGCAAAUUGGUUAACUUGGACCACUUGAAGCUGAAUAGUGUGCUAUCAAAAUGGUAAAAAUCUAUGCUUUGGCUGUCCUUUACAAAGGCAUCAAUAAUGCUACUCUGCUCAAGGCAGCAUAUAAUCUACAAAGUUUCAGUAUAUUUCAACGUGGAUCAGUACAAGAGUUCAUGGUAUUUGUUAGCAAAACAAUAGUAGAAAGAACUCAGCAAGCAUCCCGACAGUCAGUGAAAGAGGGAGAAUAUAUGUUGCAAGUAUAUGUAAGAUCAGACAACUUGGCAGGAGUGCUGAUAUCAGACCAUGAGUAUCCAAACAGGGUGGCGCAUACAUUGAUUACCAAAAUACUGGAUGAAUUCACAGCAGCGGUCCCAGCAACUCAAUGGCCUACUGGGACUGAGGAUAGGAUAGAUUUCCAUGUCCUUCCUGAAUAUUUAACUAAAUAUCAGAAUCCCAGAGAAGCUGAUGCUUUGACGAAAAUACAAAAUGAUUUGGAUGAAACCAAGAUCAUACUGCAUGACACUAUAAAAGCAGUGUUGGAAAGAGGUGAGAAAUUAGACGAUGUUGUUGCUAAGACUGAAAGUCUAUCAAUGCAGAGUAAAUUGUUUUACAAGACUGCCCGAAAGACUAACAGCUGCUGUAAUUUCUAAGGCAUUCUGAUGUUAUACCUGACUUGGCCAUAGUUCAAUUAAUUAAAAUAUGUUUUUGCUGUUUAGUGGAGUUUGUAGGCUUGAUUAAAUAAUAUUGUGGCCAUGAUUAAACCCACUGUAAAAAAAUAUUAGAUUUAAUGACAUCGGUCAAAUUGUAUUCAAUUAUGUAGUUAUUGCAUAUUAUUAUGUUUUUUGGGUUACUUUGUUAUUGCAUAAAAUAAUGUUGUGUGUUUUCAAAAACAUAUGUGUAUUAAGAUUGGAUUGUUGCUAUGAUGCCAAACCAGUGUGAUCAUCACAAAGUAAUUGAUAUAAACUGCCAUAAGCAUCUAUAAUUGCUUUUACCAUGGCCUAAGUGUUGAAAUUACAAUAAUUAAAGAACAUCAGCAAUGGCUGCACACAUCCAAAUAUGUUAAAUGGACUACAAUCAUCAAGUUAACUAACAGAACAAAUAGUAAAUUUUACUAUUAAUGAUAUGCAAACUGGUUUGUAAAUGUGCUUGAGUAGAAAAAGAGAUUUUAUCAUUGUUUUAGUUUUGUAGCGACUCUAUUGUAACAGUAUUCUUUACAACAAUUUUAUUUAGUAUUGUGGAACGGUAUUAAUUAAAAAGAAAGGCUUGUAAAUGUAUAAUGUGAAUAUUGUUUUAGGCUCAAAAGUGGAUUUAAUAUUGUAAUGCAUACUGGGAUAGAGUCACUAAAUCUGUGUGGUACCUCUAUUGGUUGUAAUGGAUGUGUGUAAGCAAUAAUACUUAAAUAAAUGUUAAUAUGAAUGUUGAUAUGUCCUGUAGUUGUUAUUGUUAAAAAGCUAGAAUAGUCUACAGAGUGUCAUGAAUAUGUAAUGGAAAAAAGAGGAAUUUGUAUGUAUUAAAACUAUUAUAUAAAUGUGUCUAAAUAUGAUAGAAGUUAUAAAUAAAUAAAAUACUUAUUUACUCAGCGCACAGUUUAUCAGAAUGUAUGUAGUAACUAUUUUUAUAGCUUUAUGAUUUCACGAUUUUUAUUUCAGUAGCCUUGGUCCCCACCUAUUCAAAAUGUUAAUACUGAAAUAUUAAAAGAACCUGGAGUAAGUCUUGGUGUCUCUUAUUAUCCAAUUAGGUGUUGUUAGUGAGUAUCAUUUCAUCUGUAUCAUGUUGUACCACUAUCUUUCCUUCAAUUGCUAAGCUUUAUGGAGUAAUUAUCGUUUUGGCUUCAAUUAAACUAUUUUACCUAUUGGCCUAUUUGCGAGUGUUUUUUCUAAAUUAUAUUUUGUGUAUGUCGAUUUAUAUUUUUUAUGAAUUAUUAAAUAUCUCGGUCUGAUACCGUUAUUGGCAGUAUUGGGUAUAGAUUUAAAUUUUCAUCAAAGUCUUUUUCUUGCAAUAAUAUCUGAAAUUGAUUCUGUGUCUAAGAGAAUAGGUAGAAUCGUUUUUAUCAUUACUAUUAAUAUUAAAUUACUAAAAUUGAAUUAUUUUACACAAUAACGAUGCAAAAACUAGCAGUGUGUUUAUUACAAACAAGUUUUUAUAGAAAUAGGUAGUUUUUGUUUGUUCGAGUUGCGACGCAAUAUGCUGUGACGUCGGCGUUUGAUCACUUUAUUUAUAUCAGAAACACGUGUGGGAUGCUUGAAUGAAAUUGAAUGGGCACAUUAUACAUUUUUUUCUCCAUAAACGCCCUUUUACUUUACGCAUUAUUUACCUUAUGGUGAUAUAAAAUAGAUAUACAUAUAUAAAAUAAGCCUUUUACAUUCUUUUUAAUCACAAAUAUAGAUCCUAGUAGAUGGCGUCUGGCUAUCGCUUUAAUUUUUUUUAUGUUUGCAGGACGUUUUAAUUUGUUUGUUAUUGGGUAAAUAAAAGAUGAACAGUCGAUGUUAUGACGCAAUUACUCCAUGAGCUCUCAUGAUGAAGCUUGCGUUAAUUGCUAUUAUUACUUCAGUUAUGUAUACCAUACUCUGUAGUUGACUCGGUUUACAUUUUUUCAUGUGGUUUUUGUACCUUCAGUGCGUGAAUGACAACAAAUUUAUUACAGACACUAUAGGUGACGGGGGCACUGACUGAGGGUCACUUUAUCUGACCUAGAUCCUUUGCAUAUUGACCUGAUUUACUUCGUUACUGCAUUUGAUUAACCUCGGAGUUUAUAAAAGAUAAUUGUUUCCGCAAUACAUUCCUACUUAUUGGUAGAAUAGAUCUGUAAAUUAGAAAGUGUGCCGGGUUCUUGCAUAUGUUACGAAGGUAACUGAUUAAAGUUGUAAAUACAAUUUUCGAGAAAAAGUAAACGCUGAUAUCUAAUGAUAUCUCAAUGACGAAUCUUGAUAACGGUCGGUACAUAAUUGUUAGUGUUCUUAAUGUCUUAAUGUUAUAUACGUCAACGAAGAUUUCAGUAUUUGUUUUUCUAAAACGACGAUUAGUCGCCUUAGUAACUAGUACAUAAGAGCGAUAAUCGUAGUGUGGUUCUGUUAAUUGACAAAAACAGUUUACUGCCAAUAUUCCCAUUGUUAAAAUUGCAGCAUUAUUUAAUUUGAUUUCUAUUACACUUUGUUUAAAUCAAGAAAAAAUCCAUGAAAUUAACAACUACUUUAUGACUUUCAAUUUAAUUUUAAAAUGUACUGACCGUACCUACUUAUUAAAUACAAAGAUAUCGUUCGUGGAUUUUGGAUGUAAGUAUAUAUAAAGUAUUGCAAAAGUUUAAAUGUAUGUAAUAUCUUCUUUGUAUGUCAUGUUAAUGAAAGUUUAACGACGGACGUUAUUUAUUGUAUACUUGCUUCAUGACGUGUGUUUACAAAUAAAUCGAUAUUUACAACGGA